ACUUUAUUCACCACAAAACAAUGUUUCCGGUUUCAAUUCUUCUUCUCUCUUCCGUUUGUUGGUUCACUGAGUGAAACCGCGUGCUAGUCGCUGGACUAUCUUUCAAGAUGGGUUUCCAAAAUAUCUGGUACUCUCACCCCAGGAAAUACGGCCAGGGCUCAAGAUCCUGCCGAUCCUGCGCUAACCAGCAUGGUCUGAUCCGCAAGUAUGGCCUCAACCUCUGCAGACAGUGCUUCAGAGAAUACGCCAAUGACAUUGGCUUCAAGAAGCUUGAUUAGAUUAAUUAAUUUUAAGGCUGCCUCCAUCUACUCCACCUGUGAAGGUUUUCUGAAAAUGUCAUCCUGUCAGUGAACUUUAUAUUAAAAGCCUCUACAAAAA